AUUCAGCACAGUUAGAUCCUGAAAGAUGACUGUCGGUCUUGCAGUUUGACACUGUUCAACAAUCAGAGAUAAACUCGACCGUCAUUUGAGUUUAACGCCGGUGUUGUGGAACUGAAAAGAACUCGUUAAAAGAUGAACGUGACAACCGGAAGUGAUUGAAAGACAACAUUUGUAAACGGAAGACGUUCGUUGCUGGUCUAAGGUGUUGUGUACAGCGUGCCUUGCAAGUCUUGUUUUUUUUUUUUGGUGUGGUGUCACAAACUGUGGUGAAGCAUCUUUAACCGGAAGCAGGAGCCAUGAGCAGCGAGCUCAAUGUGCCCAUGGGCUCCCCGGCCCCGGGCGCCUCAGAGCGCGCCCAGGAUGGCGGGGGCAUGGACUACAGGGACUGGGUGCGGCGCAGCUACCUGGAGCUGGUGAGCUCCAACCACCACUCGGUGCAAGCGCUCUCCUGGAGGAAGCUGUACCUGAGCCGGGCCAAGCUCAAGGCCUCCAGCCGGACCUCGGCGCUCCUCUCAGGCUUCGCCAUGGUGGCCAUGGUGGAGGUGCAGCUGGAGAUGCAGUACAGUUACCCUCGCGUGCUUCUCAUCGCCUUCAGCGUGUGCACCACGGUGCUGGUGGCGGUGCACCUGUUUGCGCUCCUCAUCAGCACGUGCAUCCUGCCCAACGUGGAGGCCGUCAGCAACAUCCACAACCUCAACUCGGUGAGCGAGUCGCCCCACGAGCGCAUGCACCAUUACAUCGAGCUGGCCUGGGGCUUCUCCACGGCACUGGGCAUCCUCCUCUUCCUCGCCGAGGUGGUGCUCCUCUGCUGGAUCAAGUUCCUGCCCGUGGACUCCGGCGGCGCCACGCCUCCCACGCCGUCGACACUGUCGACGGACAGCGGCUGGCAGGCGGCGCUGGCCUCCACCAUCAUCAUGGUGCCCGUGGGGGUGAUCUUUGUCGUGUUCACCAUCCACUUCUACCGCUCGCUGGUGCGCCACAAGACGGAACGCCACCACCAGGAGAUCGAGGAGCUGCACAAGAUCAAAGUGCAGCUGGACGGCCAGGAGCGAGGGUUGCAGACUGUGUGAGGUCAUGUGACUGGACUUGCCCUCCUUGCCCUUAUUUGCAUAGUUAUAAACACGCCCCCCCUCCUACUACUGCUGCGUCAGCAUGGCUGGCUGCUUCGUUCUUCUAGUCGUCCAUUGCUGUGUCUCAAUUCCUGCACUUCCACACUUGUUGGAUUUUGGGGUGGCAUUACACCGUCACUCACCAACUAACUACACGCUUCUCAUCCUCGGUUGCACCGUAGAGGAAAAGGGAAGAGUGGUUGCAAUUCAGUUACAAAGCACAGAAGAAGCAGCACAAUUAUUUCCAAUGAUAGAAGUGCGUAACAAUGAAUGAAUUUGCGCCCUCAGGAACUAAAUAUGCAAUGUACACAGUGUACUUCCUGAAGUGUACUGACAGAAGUACAGUAGAUCCUCGCUUUUUGUUAUGUUUCCGAGAACAGAUGGAAUCGCUAAAAGUUUGUCUUUUGCGUCUCACAGCAUCUAUAGGGCAAAAUCUCAACGCUUACUUGUAAAAAUAAGAGUUGGACAUGUAUCAUCACAUUUAUUGCUAUGUUUUCUGUGUAAACAAAUGGCCUAAGUGGGGAAGAAAGUGCAUUUUAAAGUGACAAAAUCCGCAAAUUUGCGGGCCAUUAAUGUUGACUUGUGAUUUUGCAUCUACUGUACACUUAUUAACCAAUGAGUUCACAAUUUGGGACACAACUCAUAUAGAUUUAUAUUAUGAAUAGGAAGGGCUAUAGUAUUGUUUGUUGUUGCCUCAUCAGCCUGGCUUGUCUUUGCUUAAUGGCGCCGCCCUGCUGGUAAGAUCAGUUAUUACAUCCUGUCCAUGCUAUUCAUGUCGCUUCUAUUCAUUUUGGUGCUUCUCCUCGCUAAUGGAUUCUUUUUACACCGCUUGUGUCUUUUAGCUGCACAAAAGUCUUAAAAUCUUCGGAGCUGAGUCAGUUACACUGUUUAUACUAUUUGUUGGUGUAUUGUGUGUGUAGCAGUUUUUGUCGAUAAAAAUGCCACAAAGCCUUCUCGUGCUGCUUUAAAUGCUAAUCUUUUAUUUGCUUGUGCCAGAGCUCUGAAAAGGGCAACAACUGUAUGUCUGUGACUCACUGUCGCCCCCAUGAGGUGCGCAGUGGCAUUACAAGGCAAUGUUACAAAGUGCGCCUUUAAACUUUGAAUGUUACUGUGCUAAACUAAAGUUCUCUCAUGUUUACAGCUGCUGUUUCAAUACAUCAUGUUUAAGAGUGACACAAAAAAUCAUGGAUGUAUGAAAAGAUGCUUUGCAAAAAAAGGUCAAUGUGAUUAUGAAUGUAUGUUUGGCUCUUAAGUUUACUCUUUAGGUUUACUGACUUCUUGUUCCAAUAUUACAUUCCUAACAUCCACUGUCCAAAAAUGAGCUUGAUGUAUCCAUUGUUUACCUGCUGGGUCGUGCUUUCAAAAUAAAAGCUGUAAUUUUGACUGUUUUGGGCUGCUUUAGUUCUGUUAUUCUAAAAAUGUGCUGAUGUAUUGGGAUGUAUUAUUCUUUAAGGUGUGGCAUAUGCCAAUGUUGACCGCAAAUAGCGUCUGGCUUCCAUCCAAUACAACUUGCAACUAUGCAUUCUUUAACUCUACAACCUAAACAUUUUGAAAUGUAAUUAAUCCACGCUC